AUGGCUCCGCCUCGGAAAUCUGGCGGGAAAGCCCCCAAAACGAAUCAUGGAUCUGAGAAGAACCUCAAACGCAAGCGCGGUGAGGAUUCGCUGUCUUCUCUCAUCCAGCGUGUGGAGGAUCUCGAUCUGAAAGGCUCCCUCAAAAACUUCGCCGAUCUACCACUCUCCGAUCCUACCGCUCGCGGCCUAACGGCUUCUCACUACAAGACAAUGACCGACAUUCAAUCUCGCGCCAUCAGCCAUGGCCUCAAGGGACGUGAUAUCCUCGGCGCAGCCAAGACCGGCAGCGGCAAGACUUUGGCCUUUAUUGUCCCCGUUCUCGAGAACCUAUACCGCAGGCAGUGGACGGAGUACGAUGGUCUCGGAGCCUUGAUUCUAUCUCCGACCCGAGAGUUGGCGAUCCAGAUCUUCGAAGUUCUGCGCAAGGUGGGACGGUAUCAUGGCUUUUCCGCCGGCCUGGUGAUUGGCGGCAGAAGUUUGCGCGAGGAACAGGAUCGAUUGGGUCGCAUGAAUAUUCUGGUCUGCACUCCCGGCCGUAUUCUGCAACAUUUAGAUCAGACAGCUAUGUUCGAGACAAACAACCUGCAGUUGUUAGUGAUGGACGAAGCAGAUCGCAUUCUCGACAUGGGUUUCCAGCACUCGGUGGACGCUAUCAUUGAUCACCUUCCGAAGGAACGUCAGACUAUGCUGUUCAGUGCCACACAAACCAAAAAGGUUUCUGAUUUGGCUCGUCUUAGUCUCCAAGAGCCCGAGUACGUGGCCGUCCACGAAGCCGCUGCUUCGGCCACCCCUACUACUCUCCAGCAGCACUACGUUGUCACUCCACUGCCCCAGAAGAUCGACACUCUGUGGAGCUUUAUUCGCAGCAAUCUCAAGUCCAAGACAGUUGUUUUCCUAUCUUCGGGCAAACAAGUUCGAUUUGUUUACGAAUCUUUGCGACACCUCCAACCCGGUAUUCCGUUGAUGCAUCUUCACGGUCGACAAAAACAAGGAGGACGACUUGACAUUACCACCAAGUUCUCCCAAUCUCAACAUGCCGUUCUCUUUGCGACGGAUGUUGUCGCGCGAGGUCUCGACUUCCCCGCUGUCGACUGGGUUAUUCAAAUGGACUGCCCCGAAGAUGCCGACACAUACAUUCACCGAGUAGGCCGCACAGCCCGAUAUGAGCGAGUUGGCCGUGCUGUUUUGUUCCUCGACCCAAGCGAAGAGAAGGGCAUGCUCCUGCGAUUGGAGCAGAAGAAGGUCCCCAUCGAACGAAUCAAUAUCAAGGCGAACAAGCAACAGAGCAUUAAGAACCAGCUGCAAAACAUGUGCUUCAAGGACCCCGAACUCAAGUACCUUGGCCAAAAGGCCUUUAUUUCCUACGUCAAAUCUAUUUACGUGCAGAAGGAUAAGGAGGUCUUCAACCUGAAGGAACUCCCGCUCGAAGAGUUUGCCGGCAGUCUGGGUCUGCCCGGUCCCCCCGGAGACGACACCAAGGAGCGCAAGAAUGCCUCAUGGAAAAUGGCUUCUAUGUCUAGCGAUGAGGAUGAUUCGGAUGCCGAAGAUAAGAAGGAUAAGAAGGACGAGCAACAGGUGCGCACUCGAUACGACCGCAUGUUCGAGCGACGAAACCAGGACGUGCUUGCAGAGCACUAUCACAAGCUUAUCAACGACGAUGGUACCAUUGUGGCUACUGGUGCUGGCAAUGGCGCUGGUGAGGAUGCCGACGAAGAUGCCGACUUCCUGUCGGUCAAGCGUCGCUUCGUCGCCGGUGAUGCCGGUCUUGACCAGGUCAACUCCGACUCCGAUUCCGAUGCGUCGGUUGCCAAAAAGGUGGCGAUCGACGGCCAGGAGCCGCUGGUCAUCGACUCGAAGCGCCGCGAGAAGCUUCUCAAAUCGAAGAAGAAGCUCCUCAAGUUCAAGGGCAAGGGUACAAAGCUCGUCUACGACGACGAUGGAAAUGCCCACGAGAUGUACGAGAUGGAGGACGAGGAGGAUUUCAAGGCUCGUGGCGAUGCCAAGGCACAGCGCGAGAAGUUCUUGGAGGGAGAGACCGAGCGUACGCGCCAAGCCGAUCUCGAGGACAAGGAGGUGGCGCGCGACAAGCGUCGGGAAAAGAAGGAGAAGCGCAAGGCCCGCGAACGAGCUCUUGCGGACGAGGAGGCCGACGAGGAGCGUGGUGCACAAGGAUUCCAGCUGCCCUACAUCGAGCCGAUGGAUCUCGGGACCCCACCCCCAUCCGAUCCCGAAUCGGAGCCCGAGAAGGAUACCCGACGCCCCAGCAAGAAGGUUCGGGUGUCCUUUGCCGAGCCGGAGUCCAGCGAGGAGGAGAGUACCUACAAGAGAGACAAGACCAAGAAGAGCAAAAAGAAGGCCGAGCCUCAGAUCGAGACUUUGGGCGAUCUGGAGGCUCUGGCCAGUGGUCUGCUGGGUUAA